AACUUGCUAGCACUACCCUUAAAUUAAACACUACGCUAUUUAAAUUUUUUUUUUCACCGAAAAAGAGGCACUCCAGUGUCAUAGAGAGUAGUGAACACUAUCGUUGACUUGAUUUGCUUUACAAAGAAGGUAUCAAGUCUGUUUACUUCUUCUCUAACUUCCUACGAACUGACAAAUGAUCUUCCAGCCUCCUCCAUAAGCCUCCUAAGCCUCAGCUUGUAUAUGAUUUGAGUCAGAGCAUCACUUUUAACCAGUCGCUGCUAUGUCUUCCCAAAACCAGGAACCCCAAUUCAUAUAUGAUGCGUACAUUAGUUCCGGUUUGCAGUUCCUUCAUCCUUUUAUUUCAGGUCUCUAUGAUGCACUCAAAAGUGUUGGACUGCAUGUUUUAGCAGACCGCACCGAGCCCAAGACUAAUAUAUCUGACGCAAUCGAACGAUGCAGAGUUUCUAUCAUAGUUUUCACAAUAGCUUAUGCUGAAUCAACCUUAUUCUUGCAAGAACUCGUGGACAUAAUGGAGUGUCAUCGGAGGAAAGAUCAGAAGGUUGUGCCCGUGUUCUAUUGCUUAGAUCCCUCCCAAGUAUGCAAUCGGAGCGGUUAUUUUGGGCAGAUUUUGUCGCUAACUCUGCAAGGUAUCUCAAGGGAUGAAAACAGGAUGCUGAGUUAUGAGACCGCCCUUCGACAAGCUGCUUCCAUUUUACCCAGGUUUCUUCCAGAUAUCUGGAAUAAGAGAGAAGUUAUGAGCCAUAUAGUUGGACAUGUUACAUCCUUGAUGGAUUCAACGAAAUUAUUCAUUGCAAAGCAUCCGGUGGGAGUAGACUCUCGUGUGCAAGAUUUGAUUCAACUCUUAAACAAUCAGAAAGCAGAUGGUGUCCUCAUAAUAGCAAUAUGGGGAAUGGCGGGAAUAGGUAAAACUACAAUUGCCAAAGCCCUCUACAACCAAAUUAGCCACAAUUUCGAGGUGAGAAAAUUUGUCGCAGGCAUCCAGGAUAGGAAGGGGGAUUAUCCAAUAUGGGUGGCUUCCAAAUUUAUAGAAAAGAGGCUUCUUUUGUUUUUGAAAGACCAAGUUAAAACAAAAGCGCAAAACUUUGACUCAACAAGAAAUAUAUGGUGGGAAGGAAUUCGUUGCUUAAAGGUACUUCUUAUACUUGAUAAUGUGAGAAGUGAAAGAGAACUGGAGGUUUUGCCAGUAACUCGUGAAUGCUUUGGUCCAGGGAGUAUAAUAAUCUUCACGACAAGGACUAAACAUGAUCGACUUCAUGAGAUUGGAGUUAAUCAAUAUAGAGUGAAAGAAAUGGACUACAACGAAUGUGUUGAGCUUUUUAGUCGGAGCGCAUUCAACAAAGCCACUCCUGAAAGAAGUUUUUCUGGUCUUAUUAAUUAUGCAAUUGAAUAUUCUGAUGGACUGCCACUGGCUCUUGUGGGUGUUGGCUCUGCUGUAUCUGAAAAAAGUAUAGAAGAGUGGGAGAAUGUGUUGGACAGCUUCAAAAGAUUCCCCUCUCUAGAUGUAUGGCAGGUUUUAAAAGAAAACAUAGAUUCUGUUGGAUAUGAAGAAAAGAAAAUAUUUCUUGAACUAGCUUAUUUGAGACAUAUCUUUAUUGGAAUGAAUCGAAAUGAUAUAAGUCAGAUAUUACAAGAAGCUGGACGUAAUGCCGCACCAAGAGAAAUUAAAGGACUUGAAGAGCAUAGUCUUGUGUGGUUUGACGAGGACAAGCUUUGCAUGAAUCGUUUGCUACAAGACAUCGGANGAGAAAUGUAUAUGAAGGAAUCAUUGAUUGAGCCUCAGCAAAGGCCAUAUGAUGUAUUCUUGAGCUUUCGAGGCAAAGAAACUCGCUCAAAGUUCAUCUCACAUCUUUAUGCAUCUCUUGAAAAUGCUGGUAUCUAUGUUUUCAAGGAUGAAGACGGGCUAGCAAGAGGGGAAAAUCUCUCAAUCUCGCUUCUGAAAGCAAUUGGAGAGUCUAAAACUUCUAUCAUUAUUUUGUCACCAAAUUAUGCAUUUUCAAGAUGGUGUUUGCAAGAGUUGGAAGACAUCAUGAUAUGUUGUAGAAACAAAACUCAAAAGGUGCUGCCAGUAUUCUACCAUAUAGAUCCCUCAGAAGUGCGAAAUCAAACUGGUAAGUUUGGACAAGCUUUUGAUAACCUUAUGAAAAGAUAUCCGGAUAAAAUAAAAGGCAAGGAGCAGAGUUGGAGGAAAGCACUCCGUGAAGUCGGGUGCAUUGCAGGGUUUGUCAUCCGAAAAUCCAGGAAUGAAAGUGAGGAUAUUAAGAACAUUGUUGAACAUAUUACUCAUAUGCUGGACAUGAAGGAACUGUUUGUUGCAAAUCAUCCGGUAGGAGUUGAAUCUCGUGUUGAAGAGGUGAUUGAAAUGUUAAAAGACCAGCAGCAAGAAAAUCCUCUACUACUUGGUAUAUGGGGCAUGGGAGGGAGUGGUAAAACAACCAUUAGCAAAGCGAUUUAUAAUAAACUUUUCCGCGAGUUUGAAGGUCGGUGCUUCCUCCUAAAUAUAAGAGAAGUUUGGGAUCAAGAUAAUGGAAUUCUUUAUUUACAACAGCAACUUCUUUCUUCUAUUUUUAGGACAACGAAAAUAAAGGUAGAAAACAUUGAAUCUGGAAAGUCAAUAUUGGAAAAAAGACUUGGCCAGAAAAAGAUUCUUCUUGUACUUGAUGAUGUGGACAAAUUGGAGCAGCUAAAUUCUUUAGCUGCAAGCCGUGAAUGGUUCUGUCCCGGUAGCAUAAUAAUCAUCACAACAAGAGACGAGCAUCUUCUACGUUGUCUUAGAAUUGACAAGUUAUAUAGUAUGAAAGAGUUAAAUGACAAAGAAUCCAUUGAACUUUUUAGCUGGCAUGCAUUCAAAGAACCGUGUCCAAAAGAAGAGUUUGCUUCACUUGCUAAUGAAGUUGUUUCAUAUUGUGAGAGAUUGCCACUGGCUCUUGAGGUAAUUGGGUCACAUCUGUUUAAUAGGAAAGUAUAUGAAUGGAGGAGUGUUUUGAAUAAACUCAAAACUAUUCCAAACAAUGAUGUACAGAAGAAGCUUAAAAUAAGUUUUGAUGGUCUAAGUGAUGAUAGGAAUAGAGAAAUAUUUCUUGAUGUAGCAUUUUUCUUUAUUGGAAUGGACAAAAAUGAUGUAACUGAUAUAUUAAAUGGCUGCGGGCAUUCAGCUGACAUUGGAAUAAAUAUUCUUAGGGAACGAUGCCUUAUUGCUGUGGACACUAAGGGAAAACUUGGCAUGCAUGGUUUGCUGCGAGACAUGGGAAGAGAAAUUAUUCGCGAGAGUUUGCCAAUGAAACCUGAGGAACGUAGUAGGUUGUGGAAUCCAGAUGAAGUGCUUAAUGUAUUAUCAAAAGACAUGGGAACAAAAGCUAUUGAGGGACUUGCUUUGAACCUGCCAAAGUCAUUGAAUCCAACUCAGUUAAAGGCAGAAGCAUUUAAGGAGAUGAAGAGACUGAGAUUGCUUCAGUUUACAAAUGUGCAACUUGUUGGAGACUUUAAAUACCUUUCAACGGAUCUUCGAUGGUUGUGCUGGCAUGAAUGUCCUUCAGAAUAUACAACUGCAAACUUUGAUCAAGGAAAUUUAGUUGCUAUUGACUUCAAAUAUAGCAAACUCGACCUUGUAUGGAAGAAGGGUCAGAUGAUGAAGAAUCUAAAAAUUCUCAAUCUUAGUCAUUCUCAACACUUGACACAAACUCCUGACUUUUCAAAUAUGCCCAAUCUUGAAAAGUUAAUACUCAAAUAUUGCCCAAAGUUGACUUUGGUUUCUCAUACCAUUGAACAUCUCAAGCAAGUUCUUCUAAUCAAUUUGAAAGGGUGUUCGGGGCUUCGUGUACUUCCAAGAAGUAUCUACAAGUUGAAAUCUCUCAAAACUCUCAUUCUUUCAGGAUGUUCAUUGAUUGAUAAAUUAGAGGAAGACAUAGAACAAAUGGAAUCAUUGACAACUUUGAUGGCAGAUAAAACUGCCAUAACACAAGUGCCUCAUGCACUUCUAAGAUUAAAAAGCAUUGUGUAUGUUUCUCUGUGUGACUUUAAAGGAUUAUCGCGCAAUGUGUUUCCUUCAAUCAUUUGGUCAUGGACCUCUCCAACAAAUAACUUCUCACCCCAAGUGCAAACAUUUUUGGACUUGUCAAAUCUUGUUUCCUUAAUAGUACCAAAUAGCAACUCUCAAGGCCUAUCAUCCAUCAUCAGAGAGCUUCCACAGGUCCAGAAUGUUAGGCUGGAAUGUGGCUCACAACUUCAAAUUAUAGGAGAUGUAGUUUCUAAUACUUUUGAUGUCACAAACUGCAAUGAAAUGAAAGUAACAUCAAGUGCUUCAAAUAUCUCAAAAGGGAGUAGCUCAUCAUUAAUUGGUUACUGCAGUGAAGAUGACAUUAUUGAAUCAGAAAAUUCCUUGAAUUCAAUUUUAAUUCAAAUGGGAAUGAGUUGUUCAGUCACAGAGUUACUUAGGGAAAAUAUUUUGCAGAAGUUUAAUGCAAGAGUACCUGGAGAUUGCUUGCUUCCUGGCAACAAGAAUCCUGAUUGGUUAACAUUCAGUUGUGAAGGUUCUUUUGUAAUUUUUGACAUCCCUCAGGUGAAUGGGCAUAAGUUAAAGUCAGUGAUGUUGUGUAUCAUCUAUUCUUCUUCCUCAAACAUUGUACCUUUAGAAGGCCCUAUCAUUAAAAAUUUGUGUAUCAUAAAUCAUACAAAGACCACCCCUUUUCUCUACGAUGGAGAUACACUGGCUUCACUUAGAGAUGAUGAAUGGCAGAAAGUAAUAGCGAACCUUGAAGCUGGUGACAAAGUGCAGAUUGUUGUUUCUUCCGGAUUAGGAUUCACUGUGAAGAAGACAGCAGUUUAUCUCAUAUAUGCAGAGCAACAAGCUGAAGGUAUUGUUUGUGGUGAUGAUAUGGUAGCAGAUGGAAAUAUCAUUGUUCAUGAUGGAGAAGAAAAUGAUUUACUUCAAGGAGUAAACAAGAAUUUCUCAAAAAAAAAUUUGAAGUCACAUACAAAACGAAAAUUCAAAGAGUAUGAUGAUACCAAUCAUUAAUAGGGUGAAGAUGUUUUUAGAUGAUCAAGGACUAUUGGCACUUACGAGUUGAAGAUGCACGUAAGAAUAAGCUAAAGAAAGAUAAAAUUUACCAGUAGUUUUAGUAUAAUUUUAUAUUUAUUAAUUUCUAUUAAAUAUAUAUCAUCAAAUGGUUUUAAACUUUUAAUGUAUGAUGCACUAAGUUAUGUUUAGACACUUUGUAUAUCAUGAAAAAUUGAUGGCAGGGGUAAUACAAGUAUUGGCUCCAUAGAUGAUGCAACAUGAGAUGCACUUAACUUUUAGACCGCUACUAACUAGUACAUUUUAAUGAGAGAAUCAGAAAAUCUUGCUCAAGCCA